AUGGGAGCAGCACAGCGUGGGAGCAGCACAGCGUGGGAGCAGCACAGCGUGGGAGCAGCACAACGUGGGAGCAGCACAACGUGGGAGCAGCACAACGUGGGAGCAGCACAACGUGGGAGCAGCACAACGUGGGAGCAGCACAACGUGGGAGCAGCACAACGUGGGAGCAGCACAACGUGGGAGCAGCACAACGUGGGAGCAGCACAACGUGGGAGCAGCACAACGUGGGAGCAGCACAACGUGGGAGCAGCACAACGUGGGAGCAGCAUAGCGUGGGAGCAGCACAACGUGGGAGCAGCACAGCGAGGGAGCAGCACAACGUGGGAGCAGCACAACGUGGGAGCAGCACAACGUGGGAGCAGCACAACGUGGGAGCAGCACAACGUGGGAGCAGCACAACGUGGGAGCAGCACAACGUGGGAGCAGCACAACGUGGGAGCAGCACAACGUGGGAGCAGCACAACGUGGGAGCAGCACAACGUGGGAGCAGCACAACGUGGGAGCAGCACAACGUGGGAGCAGCACAACGUGGGAGCAGCACAACGUGGGAGCAGCACAACGUGGGAGCAGCACAACGUGGGAGCAGCACAACGUGGGAGCAGCACAACGUGGGAGCAGCACAACGUGGGAGCAGCACAACGUGGGAGCAGCACAACGUGGGAGCAGCACAACGUGGGAGCAGCACAACGUGGGAGCAGCAUAACGUGCGAGCAGCACAGCGUGGGAGCAGCACAGCGUGGGAGCAGCACAACGUGGGAGCAGCACAACGUGGGAGCAGCACAACGUGGGAGCAGCACAACGUGGGAGCAGCACAACGUGGGAGCAGCACAACGUGGGAGCAGCACAACGUGGGAGCAGCACAACGUGGGAGCAGCACAACGUGGGAGCAGCACAACGUGGGAGCAGCACAACGUGGGAGCAGCACAACGUGGGAGCAGCACAACGUUGAUCGCGAGGCACAGUCGCGUUGAUCUGGUCAAUCCAACUUGA